AUGCAACCAUUGCAUUUCCACAGAGAUUGUUCAUGUGCCCACGCGAAACUUUGCCCGGUGCCACCGCUAACCUCGCAAGCCGCCUGCUCCUCAGGCCUCUCCUUCUUCAAUGCCCCCCCUACACACUCACACACGACCGUCAUAUACAGCUCCAACCUCUCCACUACAUUCGAACUCGUCGGUGGAUCCUUCUCACUCACGCGCGGGAGUAAUACUGCCCUGCCGGAGGAUUUGUAUAAUAGCAUGGCCCAGACUUCGCGAAGAGGGCGAGGGUGGGGUAUCUACGGCAUUGGCUACGGCAUCGGCAUCGACAACAACUGCACAAUCUCCGAAAUAGUGAGCGCUAUCGGCGCCGACCUCAUCUCGUCCGUGCGCAACCAUGCAUCUGGAGAGGGAGUUGGCGGCGAUGUUGGCGGGGGGGUUGGAGGAGGGGUGACAGUUGCCGGGGUGGUGAGGUUUCCGAGCGGGAGUGAAUGGGUGAGGGUUGUGUUGGAGAUGGUGACGAGGGCGCGGAUUCCAACUGUGGGCGACAUUCACCCAUUGCGAGCGCAGCGACGGAAAACCUCCCGUGGCACAUUUAUGUCUCCUUCCCAGAAAUACCUAGGCCGAAGUAUCGCACUCCGGGGACGUUUGGGCUUCCGUUUCCGAAGUGUGCAUCCAAAUCCGGAUCUUGCUGCGAAGGCGGUUGAGGUGGAGGAGAGGGAGGGUGCGGAUGGUGCUGGCGGUGUUGGUGGCCGGAAGAGGAGCGGGAGAAGGAAGGGAGACCAUGCCAGUUGCGACGGAUUGGGGAGGAGCACGGCGUGGGAGCAGGAAUGGGCCGUCGCAGGACGCGUUGGACAUGCAGGCGAAGCUGUUCGACGUGAUUCGCAAGUCGACAGAAAGAUGGCAUUCGUCUUUCCUUUCCCCCAGGAGUUCGAGGUGACGAUGAGUGCGAGUGCUGACUUCAACCACGACUUCGUCGACCUCCACUUAUACGCUCAGCGCUGCACCCAAUACCGUCUCGCCCUCCAAAUCCUCCACUCCCAACCCCAACUCCAUCCCGUCCUCCUCCACUGCCAACGUCACCACCACCACCCUCACCCCCAUCACCACUCCCACCUCAACCUCCGCCACGCCCACGAUCACCUGACUAGCCUACACCUACGCCACGAAACCACCUCGAUACGCGCACUGGGAGAUAACAAGGCAGGCGCCGUCAAGGACGAAGAAGGAUCAGAAGCGGGAGUCUGA